AUGAGGAUGCCCAACAUGCACUGGGCUUUCCUUUUUGUGGUUCUCUUAGCACAUUCCUGCAAUGGAUUCUACCUCCCUGGUAGCUACAUGCACACCUAUUCAACAGGGGACAAGAUAUUUGCCAAAGUCAAUUCGUUAACUUCGAUUGAGACGGAGCUUCCAUUCAGCUACUACAGUCUUCCUUACUGCAAGCCAGAUGAGGGAAUCAAGAAAAGUGCAGAGAAUCUUGGAGAGCUUCUCAUGGGAGAUCAGAUUGACAACUCGCCCUAUAGGUUUAGAAUGAAUGUCAAUGAAUCUGUUUACCUCUGCACUACACCUCCCUUGAGUGAGCACGAGGUAAAGCUAUUGAAGCAGAGAACUCGAGAUCUCUAUCAAGUGAAUAUGAUUCUAGAUAAUCUGCCUGUGAUGAGGUAUGCUACUCAGAAUGGAAUCAAGAUCCAGUGGACCGGCUUUCCAGUUGGGUACACACCACAGAACAGCAAUGAAGAUUACAUUAUUAAUCACCUCAAGUUCACUGUAUUGGUUCAUGAGUACGAAGGAAGAGGGGUGGAGAUAAUUGGUACUGGUGAAGAAGGGAUGGGUGUGAUUUCUGAAGGAGAUAAGAAGGCUGCUUCUGGAUAUGAGAUAGUCGGCUUCGAAGUUGUGCCGUGUAGUGUUAAGUACGAUUCUGAAACAAUGAUCAAGCUCCACAAGUAUGACAACAUCACCUCCCCAAGCUGCCCAUUGGAGCUUGAGAAGUCUCAAAUCAUAAGGCAACAAGAAAGGGUUUCAUUUACUUACGAGGUUGAGUUUGUGAAAUCUGACGUCAGAUGGCCAUCUCGUUGGGAUGCUUACUUGAAAAUGGAAGGUGCCAGAGUUCACUGGUUCUCGAUCCUAAACUCGCUCAUGGUUAUCUUCUUCUUGGCGGGUAUAGUGUUUGUAAUAUUCCUGAGAACAGUGAGGAGAGAUUUGACUAGGUACGAGGAACUGGACAAGGAAGCUCAAGCCCAGAUGAACGAAGAACUUUCUGGGUGGAAGCUUGUUGUUGGUGAUGUGUUCAGAGAGCCGGAGCACUCAAAGCUUCUCUGUGUGAUGAUUGGAGAUGGAGUCCAGAUUACUGGGAUGGCAGCUGUCACUAUAGUUUUCGCUGCAUUCGGUUUCAUGUCGCCUGCUUCUCGAGGAAUGCUAUUGACUGGGAUGAUAAUCUUGUACCUCUUCCUUGGUAUUAUUGCAGGUUAUGUGGCAGUUCGGUUAUGGAGAACUGUGAAGGGGACCACUGAGGGAUGGAGAUCUGUUUCCUGGUCAGUUGCCUGCUUCUUCCCUGGAAUAGUCUUCGUAAUCCUCACAGUACUCAACUUUAUUCUAUGGGGAAGCAAGAGUACUGGCGCCAUCCCGAUAUCCUUGUACUUCAUCCUUAUCGCCCUCUGGUUCUGUAUCUCAGUUCCACUAACUCUCCUGGGUGGAUUCUUUGGCACAAAAGCGGAGCCAAUUUCGUACCCUGUGAGAACCAACCAGAUUCCAAGGGAGAUUCCAGAAAGAAAGUACCCUUCGUGGCUACUUGUCCUCGGUGCUGGAACUUUACCAUUUGGUACUCUCUUCAUCGAGCUCUUCUUCAUCCUCUCCAGCAUAUGGCUCGGCCGAUUCUACUACGUCUUCGGUUUCCUGCUGAUAGUUCUCAUUCUCCUCAUCGUGGUAUGUGCUGAGGUGUCGGUUGUCCUCACCUACAUGCACCUAUGCGUUGAGGACUGGAGAUGGUGGUGGAAGGCGUUCUACGCCUCAGGAUCUGUAGCUCUCUACGUGUUCCUGUACUCCAUCAAUUACUUGGUCUUUGAUCUGCAGAGUCUCAGUGGGCCUGUGUCGGCCGUACUCUACCUUGGAUACUCGUUGAUCAUGGCUGUCGCGAUUAUGCUGUCCACUGGCACCAUUGGGUUCGGGAUGUCGUUCUACUUCGUGCAUUACCUCUUCUCUUCCGUGAAGAUCGAUUAG